AUGCACCUGCCAGGCUCCCCGGCGCUCAGUACGGUUACCCUGACCGCGGCCGUGAGAGCGCAAUGGUCCCAAACUAUCCGCGGUCUCCCUGAACGGCCUAAUCCCUCUUCACCAAGCUUGCGUGCUGGUGAUUAUCGACGACGCCGUUUCUAUUCUUCUUCUCUGCCAGACCCACCUGCCUCGAACCCCCCUCCCAGAGACCCAAAUACUGGUUCCGAUCCCAACAACAACGGCAAGCCUCUGAGAGAUCCACUCCUGGAACAAGAUGUAGAGAGCGAAGGGAGUCACAAUGCGGCGGAUACGCAUAUCGGCCGUUCAAAGAGGCACGACCUAUCACCGGCAAGGAACCGGCAAAACCGUCGUCGCGUUUCAUCCGCACUUCCACCUGUCUCUCUGCCACCAUCCUUCGAGUCGAACAACAUUCUUUACUUUCAGUACGAUGGCCAACCUUACCUACCUCCCGCCUUGGUCGAGGAUGCGAAGCAUGAUAAAAUCUCCCGUCUUUAUCCACGCACCAAAGGGGACCGUACUGCUGGUUUCCAGAAAGCCAUUGGUACAAUCGAAACUUAUUUCGACACUGCACUAGACCUGCUUCUCCAACGAGAGAAGCAACUUGCGCUCGACUUUCUCGACCGAUCCCUCGAUGGCCCCUCGCACUGGGACCACCCUCGCAUGAUCCAUCAAGUCGCCCGUACUUGGGACAUGAUUCUCGACGCCGCUUGGCACCUCACCGAUGCCCUCUAUCCUGCACGACAGCCCGAAUACAUAUAUAAGAGCCGCCCUUUCUGGUGGUGGCAUUUCUAUAAAGAUCUCGACCUUCACACACAAAAGUUCCGCAACUUGACUGAGUCUCAUGAACUUCCUAUUCGUACUCAGCUUUCUUUCGCCGAGGACCUUGAUUUCUCUCUUUCACACGCUCUUGCCGACUUUCCUGCAGAGACUUUCGAAGCUGUUACCAAAGCCAUUGAUCGAGAGCUUUCGGCUCUUUGUCCCCCUACAUUUGACCCCAAAACGGGAAAACGACCGAUACAUAUCAUAUCAACAUCUGGAUACGCCGGGAAGGCCAUUUCUCAGUCUCUAGGGUCUCACAUGGGCUGGGUCAACUGGGCUGAUGUCAUUCAUUUGGAUGCGCACGAUCUCUCUUGUUUAAUCGGCCAAUAUUUAGGCCAAGACUGGGCAUUUUCUCGAGGCCCUUUGUCUAUGAUGGGGUUUCGUGCGGCCGAGUAUAAUGGGAAAUUGACUAAGGAGGCUGAAGCGACGACCAAACUGGCCGACGAUGAUGAGGCUGACAAUGAAACGAGCAUCAUCAACGUGCGUACUUCAACGUCUUCUAUCGAAGAUGAGCUUCAAAAAGCUAGGCAGGGAAGCUAUGACAUCUUUAGCAAAUGGGAGAAUCUGAAAAUUGAUAAGAUUCUUGACCACAUCAUCCGAACAACAGAGUCAACCACAGCUCCCACCGAGUCCCAAAAGAAGCUUCUGAUACACAUCCAUGACUACGUGGAGCUAAGCAUGACUUUAGAAGGCUCAUAUAUAUUGUCAAGACUCCGAGCUCUUGUGGACGCUGCCUGGCAUCAAGGAAAGCAAAUCGCCAUUAUUGGGACCUCUGCCUGCAACCAGCCUUCAGAGGAGUAUCAGAAUACCGUUAAUGAGCUUGCAGUCGGAGACUUCGUGGUGACACGACACAUUCAACCGGACCGCGCAGAGAAGCAGACUGCAGUAGCCGCCACAAAUGCACCGUCAUUCAAUCUAGAGAAAACGGAUAUUGUCUUGGAAAAUACGGCCAAUAUCAAUCGAAUGUUGUGUUCCCUUGAUCCUAAAUUCGCCCAAUCAGCCUCAACACAGCUUGAGACUGAGAAACAGUUCACCGCAAUGGCGCUUGUUCCUAGCCCUAAAAACAUCCUCAAGCAGUCUAUCCUUCCAGUUCCGGAUGUCUACUUUCUUGCUUCGGCAUUCCGGGAUGCAGAAACCCUUCACCCUGGGGCGGGAGCCGUCAACUGCCUGGAUAGAAUCUUCAUGGGCCCUCUCAGACAGCCUCCAGGUCAAGAUUUUCUUGAGCAGAAAAACUCGGACGAUGCACCGGAGCAGCGAGACAUGUCCAAGUCUUCAGAGGAAACAAAAUUUGAGACCCGAGUCAACCCGAAGCUGAGUGGUAUGAACGAAUAUGAGAAACGGAUCGCUUCCGGACUCAUAAAUCGGGAGAAUAUACGCACAACAUUCAAUGAUGUUCACGCGCCACCCGACACAAUAUCGGCUCUUAAGCUUCUCACUUCCCUGGCCUUGGUGCGCCCAGACGCCUUCUCCUACGGCGUUUUGGCACAUGAUAAAAUCACAGGAUGUUUACUGUAUGGUCCUCCUGGUACAGGGAAAACAAUGCUCGCCAAAGCUGUAGCUAAAGAGAGUGGCGCCAACAUGCUGGAGAUCAGUGGUGCCAGCAUCAACGACAAGUGGGUUGGUGAGGCCGAGAAAUUAAUCCGAGCAGUUUUCACACUUGCCAAGAAGCUAUCACCAUGUGUUGUUUUCAUCGAUGAGGCUGAUGCAAUGCUGGCAAAUCGAAGCAUGUUUAGCAACCGCCCGUCGCACCGUGAGCAUAUCAACCAAUUCUUAAAAGAGUGGGAUGGGAUGGAAGAGACAAGUGCCUUCAUAAUGGUGGCCACGAACCGACCAUUUGACCUUGACGAUGCCGUCUUGCGCCGUCUACCUCGCAAGAUCCUCAUUGAUCUACCACUUCAGGACGAUCGGACUGCUAUCCUUCACUUACUACUGAAGGACGAGAAGCUGGAGGAAACCGUGUCGCUGGAGGAAUUGGCGGAGCGAACGCCCUUUUACUCGGGCUCUGACCUGAAGAAUGUAUGUGUUGCGGCCGCCAUGGCUGCAGUAGAGGAAGAGAAUACCGACGCAGCAGCCCACAGGGGCCCAGAGCCAUACAAGUAUCCGGAGCGACGGACUUUACGCAGAGGCCAUUUUGAACGCGCCAUCAAGCAGAUUCCUGCUAGCAUCAGCGAAGAUAUGCCAUCCCUACGGAUGAUUAGGAACUUCGACGAAGAGUAUGGAAAUAAGAGAAAGUCUGGCGGUAAGAAAAGCAUGGGCUUUGGCCAUGUGGCCGUUGGAAAAAAGGUUGACGCCCAGGCAGCAAGGGUCCGACAACGGGGCUUCUGA